UCUUUCUCGUUUUUUUCCCCUCUUUGCCAUACACGAUCCAGCAUCCGAAUCAAUAGUUUGUCAAUCAUUGGCACGUGGUUUUACUUACCGGUGUUAAAACAUUCGUUCCGACUUUGUAACACAAUGUCAACACACUCGGAGUCGCCCUUGCAGUCCAAUAAUUCCAAACUUUACUCCCCACCAAAUUUGUCUGAUCAUAGUUUACGCUUUCGUCCUGUUUUGGUUAUCUGCUUGUUCAGUGUGCAUCUGUUUUUCGCAAUCCUGAUCGUUGUUGUUGGCACUAUCGCAUCUGCACUCAGCUUGCCACACCCUAGCGAUGAUGCUUCGUCAGUUUAUUUUAUCAUCAUUUAUCUACGCAUCAGUUACUGGGUGGUAACGUACGUGAUCCACGAACAGAACAAGCGAGAAUUUGUUCGACUUGCCGAGCCGGACUUUGAUCAUUACCGCGCGCUGACAGUGUAUCGGAAGGCACCGCUACAGAUAGCAACCUUAUGGAAUGUAAUUCUUCUUACGGUCCAGAACCAGGUGCGGUACUUGUUUCCCUAUGAGCACCAUGAUGCUACGGGUACUAACAGCGGCACCGAUCGGAAUGCUGCAGGAGGAGCGCUUAAUCCAGCCAUAACACCGCAAGUGUUUGUGAUCGUGGUGUGUUCUCUGGAGCUGUUGGUUUUGUUAUGUUUUUACGUGCCACUUGUAAGAAUUCUAAUCGAUAUUAGAAAAGCGGAAGGCCAUGGAAAGGUAACUGACCUGCGGUAUCGUCGCAUGACGGAAACGGAACUUGCGGAACAACCAAUCGAGUGGCAGUUGGAACGGCAAGCUAUCCUGAUCAAAUCGCUUCGUACGAAACGCGAUAGUUUAGAACGGGAGGCAAAAUUACUUGGCAUCGAUCAGUGUUGAUCGCGAUCGUUCGGAUGAUUCAUCGUCCAAUGUAUUAUCCUUUGUUUUUGUUGCGUGCAGUAAGCACUGUGGCUAAAAUAACUUGCAGCAGUAGUAGGAGGAAUCACAUUCAGAUGGUUCCUAAAGAUCAAACGUAUUCGUCUGUAGUAUUGUGUUUAUUUGUUUAAUUGUUAACCUGAAACAAUAAUAAUCUACCACUAGUGGUAAGAAAUCGAUAAAACAAAUCACACAACCGUUAAAGGGCCGGAAUCCCUAAAUAAACGAAAUAAAUACAUUGCUCACGAGAGAUAAUCUUUGCAUUUAA